CAGGUUGUUUACUUCCCGCGGAGGCCGCCGAGGGAGACACGCGCCGAGGGUUCCGACUGGAGGGUGAGAUUCUGCGCGAGAAGAAGAGGAAGAGGAAGGAGAAAGAGAGAGAGGAAGAGGAGAGAAAUAAGGUUGUGUCCGGAAGCGACGCCAGAGGCUCCAGCAUGCCCGUGGGCGCCGGCGGGCUGCUCAGCUCGAAGCCAAAGCUUUCAGCAGAAAGUGUACGUUGUCAGAAGUGCUUGGAAUUUGGCCAUUGGACCUAUGAGUGCAAAGGCAAAAGGAAGUAUGUGCACAGAGACUCACGUACGUCUGUACUUAACAAACGGAUGAAACAAGAGAAACAGGAGCAACAGGUAGAACACUUAAAAACAUUGGCAUUACAGAAAAAGAAAAAGGAGAAAAGGGAGAAAAGGGAGAAAAAGGAGAAAAAGGAGAAAAAGAAAAAGGAGGACAGUGAUUCAAGUGACUCAGAUUCCUCGUCUUCGUCUUCUUCGUCAUCAUCUUCGUCUUCAUCUUCGUCAUCAGAUUCUGAUUCUGAUUCUGAUUCAUCAUCCAGUUCAUCUUCUUCAUCGUCAUCUUCUAGCUCCUCAAGUUCAUCAGAUUCCUCCUUGUCUUCAGAUUCUUCAAGCUCAGAAGAACAGAGGAAAAAAAAGAAAAAGAAGAAAGACGCCAAGUGAAAACUUUUUUGUUCCUGAAUGUGUGAAUUUCAAAAGAAUGGUUGUUAGUUUAGAAUUUAAAAAAUCAGUUUUGUGGCAUGUGAGAGUAUUGGGUGGAAUAGGCAAUGACUGUGUGAAAUUUAACAAUGAGAGUUCUUGGUAUGCCACAUUUACGUGUUGGGACUAUUGAAAAGCUUUUUAUUCGCAGAAGAACAAAGAGAAAAAAAACUUUUUGAGAGUAACAAGCUGCUCCUGGACUGCCUCUUUUGCUCUCAGACCAGGACCUCCAUGGGACCAGUUGCUAUGUGUUUUUAUCUUUGAGAGUUGCCUAUUGGUAUGAAAUUUAGUUGGAUGAAUGUAACAAACACAGAAGUUGUAAUUUGUAGAAAUAUGACCUAGUGUUCUAAUCUUUUAUUGUAGUUGUUGAUAUAUUUCUAAAGAAAAAUAAAAAAAGAAGGAUAUUA